AUGGCCUCUUCAGCUUCAGGUCAGCAACCACCCAAAUCGAAGCACCAGCAAGUCGAGCUUAUCAUCUCCAGCGCGACGGCGGGUCGCUUGUUCGAUGAAGAAGACGAGGCUAAGGAGCUCCUGCUGGACGUGGUGCACAGCCUCGCCGACGCCGGCGGAGGUGAUGGGCCGGCGGCGGCGCCCGGUACCGGCGGUAGGCCGCCGCCCAAGAUACGGGUGCGGGGGCUGAGGAAGCGGGCGGCGUCGACCGGCGAGGAGAUCCUGCGCGGCGUCCACCUGGACGUGCCACGCGGGGUCGUCAUGGGCGUCAUCGGGCCCAGCGGCAGCGGGAAGUCCACGCUGCUCCGCGCGCUCAACCGCCUCUAG